AUGGCUUCAGAACAGGAACUUUCCACUUCUUUCAUCCCAGACUUGUACAAACCGCCUGCUUUGCUACCUAUUGCACGGCACAGGAAAAGUCUGCUUUACUUGGUCGAGAAUUUUCCAGUCACUAUCGUGGUGGGCCAAACAGGUAGUGGAAAAACUACUCAGCUGCCACAAUACCUUGAGCAGGCAGGAUGGUGCGAGGACGGGAAAACCAUCGCUGUCACACAGCCCAGGAGGGUGGCCGCCACGACGGUUGCAACCCGAGUAGCAGAAGAGAUGCGUUGCAAAGUCGGUGAAGAGGUCGGUUAUUCGAUUCGAUUCGAAGAUUUAACGUCUCCUGCAACAAAAAUCAAAUUCUUAACGGAUGGCAUGCUGCUCAGAGAAGCAUUGGUUGACCCUUUGCUCUCACGCUACUCUGUGAUCAUGGUUGACGAAGCACAUGAAAGAUCUUUGAGUACCGACAUCCUCCUUGGAAUCUUGAAAAAGAUUUGUAAGAAGCGGCCUGGAUUGCGGAUUAUUGUUAGCAGUGCCACGCUCCAAGCAGAGGACUUUCUCCGCUUCUUCGCUGGCGAGGAAUAUAAUCCUGAAGCAGACCCAGCGGACUUGGGCGGAAGCGUUGGACGAAUCAUCAGUCUGGAAGGCCGCAUGUAUCCUGUCGACAUGCUGUUCCUUGAGUCACCAGCAGAAGACUACAUUGAAAGAGCAGUCAAGACAGUUUUCGACAUCCAUACACAAGAAGCAGAAGGCGACAUUCUUCUAUUUCUGACCGGCCGCGAAGAAAUCGACACUGCGAUUCAAUUCAUAUCCGAAAGAGCCGCAACCCUUCACCCUAAGGCUCCGUCACUUCUUACGCUGCCGCUUUUUGCUGGACUCACCACGGAGCAGCAGAUGUACGUCUUUGGGAAAACUCCAGAAAAUACGCGCAAGGUCAUCGUCUCCACCAACAUUGCUGAAGCCUCGGUCACAAUAGACGGGAUUGUAUAUGUGAUCGAUUGUGGUUUUGCAAAGCUCCGAGCAUAUAACCCCACUACUGGCAUCGAUACAUUGACAGCGGUACCAAUUUCAAAAGCAUCAGCAACCCAGCGAGCUGGUCGGGCUGGAAGAACCAAGCCGGGCAAGUGCUUCCGUCUGUACACUCAGCAGGAAUAUGAACGGCUGCCGGAAGCCACUGUUCCUGAAAUUCAACGAUCGAAUCUAGCACCCAUCAUCAUGCAACUCAAAGCUCUGGGAAUUGACAACAUUGUCCGCUUCGAUUUCUUGACAUCUCCGCCCGCAGAACUUAUUAUCCGAGCUCUGGAACUUCUUUCAUCACUCGGUGCAGUCGAUGAUUAUGCCAAACUCACAAAACCGCUUGGUAUGCGCAUGGCGGAGAUUGCCCUCGAUCCCAUGAUGGCCAAGGUGGUUCUGGCAGCCCCAUCCUUCGGCUGUUUAAGCGAAAUCCUUACCAUAGCCGCCAUGGUAAAUCUCCAAGGAACAGUCUGGGUGCAACACGCAGGCGACAAAAGAUCAGCGGAAAGUAAUCGCCGCAAGUUCGCCGUCGAAGAAGGCGACCAUCUCACCUACCUAAACGUGUAUCAAGCCUUCGUUACAAAAGGCAAAAAAGACCCCAAAUGGUGUCGAGACAACCUCCUAAAUUACAAAGCCUUGCAACGGGCAGUGAGCAUUCGCGGGCAACUGAAACGGUACUUGGAACGAUUUGGUGUUCAGGUCGAUGAAACGCUUUCAUCGCACGGUGCUGUCGACUUGAGUAAUCGUCCCGAGCAGAUUCGGCGCUGUCUUACGACGGGUUACUUCGCUCAUGCGGCGAAGAUGCAGCCGGAUGGAACUUUUAGAACUGUGAGCGGGGGAUUGACUUUGCAUGCUCAUCCUAGCUCGUUGAUGUUUAACCGGAAAGCUGAUUGGGUCAUCUUUCAUGAGAUUAUGCAAACAGGUGAAAAAACUUAUAUUCGCGACGUUACAAAGAUCGAGAAGGGUUAUCUGCUUGAAUAUGCCCCCCAGUAUUACCAGAUCAGAUAG